AUGCGAGGUCUUAUACCUCCAAGAGGUAAAGGCUUGAGUAUUUGGGAUCGAUUUACACAUUCAUCAGGAAAGAUUCCCGGCAACGCCACGGGAGAUACAGCAGCAGACAGUUACCACAAAUACCCGGAUGACGUUAAAUGUAUACAACAACUUGGGGCUAAACACUUCAAACUACAACUGUCAUGGAGUAGACUACAACCAACAGGCACGGGUAAUUUAAACGCUAAAGCUGUAGAACAUUAUAAUGGUGUUAUCAAUGCCUACAGAGAUGCAGGUGUCCAUCUUAUGGUAGAGCUGUAUCACUGGGACCUACCUCAGACUCUACAGGACAUUGGAGGAUGGCUUAAUCCGGAUAUCAUACAGACAUUCAAAAACUAUAGUGAUCAAUGUUUUGAGACAUUUGGAACUAAGGUUACACAAUGGAUUACAUUCCAUGACCCCUACACGUUUGUAUAUGGAGGAUACGGACGGACAGACAUGGCUCCUGGUAUUGGUGGACCUGCAGAAUCUGUAUAUAAAGCAGCUGUCAAUGUUUUACAGUCUCAUGCUGCAGUAUUCCGACUGUAUAAAACAGUCUAUGAAACAACACAAAGAGGUCGUGUUGGAAUAACCUUACAAUCAAACUGGUAUGAGACUGGAGAUAAUACAUCUAGAGAUAGAGGACUGCAGUUUGAUAUCGGCAUGUGGGCACAUCCCUUGUUCUACGGAACGUGGCCCGAAGAGAUGAAGCCAUUCACAACAAAGUUCAGUUUGACAAGUCCCUACGCGGUGCAAGGCACUCUUGACUUUUUGGAACUUUUAUAUGUCGGAACUAUGUAUGCUAAACCGGUUGCAAGAAUAGAACAACCGUUCUCCUCAUUCGAUAACGACAAAGGAUUACAAAUCUAUGAAUACAGGUCUGAUCCUGAAACAGCUUCAGGAAUAAGAAAAGUCUUAAAGUGGGUGAAUGAUCAUUACCCUGGUAAAGAGAUGUAUAUUGCUGGGUAUCUAGGUCGACCGAGAACAGGACGUAACUCACUUGAGGACUCGGAAAAUGUCAUGUGGUAUCAAACGCACAUAAACCAAGUGCUUAAAGAUCCUAACUUACCGAGGAUUCCAAAAUUAUCGUCACACUACUACAAACAACUCAUUAUUGAUAAUGGGUUCGUCCCAGGUUAUCCUGGAAUAGGUGGAUUAUCAACAGCACCCUCUGAACAGACAAAUGACAUUUUGUAUGAGCGGUUCCCGGAUGAUUUUAUGUUUAUUACUGGUACAUCUGCGUACCAAGUAGAAGGUGGAUGGAAUAAAGAUGGUAAACUCAGGUGA